CCUGGAUCUUGAAGUGAUUCUGCACUUGGUGUUAGGGAAAUUCGAGACUUAUACAGUUGUGUCCACUGAUGCAACAAGGUUGCAGUCAGGCGACUUGCUGUGCAUAAUACUUUCAGUGGUGCAUCUAUUUCUGGGGAUAACUCUUGACAAUGCAUUUGCAACAUUUUAUGCAUAUUGGAUAUGGUUUGGUUAUCGGAACAUUUCUCCUAAUGAUAUGGAUAUCCUAUGUAGAAUCAAAAGAGAUGGAGUUCCAGAAAUACCCUCCUUGUUUUUUCAACAGCUUUUGCAAAUGCUCAAAAUCGAUGCCAGAUCUAGGAAUAGUGCAUUGUGAAAAUGUUCAUCUCCCAAGAAUACCAGAAUCAAUAAACAUAUCGAAAGUGUUCAAACUUCAUCUGAUAAACAAUGGUUUGCGCACCUUAGAACCAUAUUUCUUGCAGAGCACAGGUUUAUAUAAAAUUGAAAUUAGCAACAAUCCCUUGUAUGUUAUUCCUGACGAGGCAUUCAUGGGACUUGGCCGAUCUUUAUGGGAGCUUGAUUUGAGCCACAAUCACCUUACAGUUGUACCAACGCGAGCGAUGAAAUAUCUCCAGAAACUCAAGAUGUUAGACCUAACUGGAAAUGACAUCAUCAAAGUGACUUCUGACAAUUGGCGAGGCCUAGGAAAUACCUUACAAACACUAGUUCUUGCUGACAACUCUAUAACCAACCUACCAACUGAUCUCUUCUCUGGUUUGAACGAGUUGGAUACCAUAGACUUAACCGGAAAUAAUUUGAAAGAAAUCGACCCUUCGGUCUUCAGGGAUGGAAUGGCUAAAUUGACGAAUCUACUUCUGGGACACAACCAGUUGGGUGCUAUCCCUUAUCAGGCCAUAUCUCCCUUGAAAACUCUCAAAGAUCUGGAUUUAAGCUACAAUAAAAUUACUUCUAUGAACCCCGCCACAGAAGUGGGCAUUCAAAACGUAAAUUACAAUUUUGUCCUGAACUUGGACGAGUUGAGACUUGAUUAUAACCAGAUAACUGAGAUACCUACUGCAUCUUUCCAGUUGUUCAACGUGCUCAAUAAAACCUACUUGGAUGGGAACAAUCUCAGAUUCAUAGGGGACAAUGCAUUCCGCCAAGCCAAGAUCAAAGAGCUAUAUAUGAGAAGAUGCAGUCUCACUGAAUUGUCCCCAAUUGCCUUUGAUGGACUUGAAGACUACCUAGAGAUCCUCGACUUAUCUGGUAACAAUUUGCAACAGCUACCCAUUGAUUUAUUCGACAGAAUGGUCCUCAUGAAAAGCUUAUCUCUUGGUGAUAACCAAUUGAAAACUUUGAGCUCUGCUGACCUAUUCAACAGCUUCCUCUUCACUUUGAACCAUUUGGAUGUGACUGGAAAUGAGAAUUCUGAUGUUUCACUCCAAGAUAUAAGACGGUUAAAAGGACUCAGGUUCUUAUCACUCACGAAGAUCAACAAGAACACUUUGGGACCUGACGAUUUUAAAGAGUUUGGUGUUGAUUUGGAGGAACUUGACAUCGUUAACGGUGGUCUUCAGACCAUACAAAGUCAUACUUUCAGAUAUGUUCAUGGUUUGAAAAGGAUUGACUUUUCGGAGAAUGGCAUUAAUAGUAUCGAGUCAAAUGCUUUGUACGAUAUCGGACACUCUUUGGUUAGUUUAAAGCUUUCUCAUGGUCUCUCAUCCAGUAUGCAAAACAUUCCAGCAGAUCCCCUUAAACAACUGACGCACUUGGAGGAAUUAGACCUUAGCAAUAACAGAAUAAGGAAUGUUCCAGAUACAUCUUUUCAUUUCCUGAAGAAAUUGAGAACAUUAGAACUGCAGGACAAUAUCAUUGAGAACCUCCAAAAAGGUACAUUUCAAGGGGAUAUUCAUUCGGAACUCGAAGAAAUAUAUCUAUCCUUCAACAACAUCAGGACCAUCAAGCAGCAUACAUUCGUGGAAUUGCCAAGUUUGCAAGAAAUCUUUCUGGACGAUAACAAGAUCGAAAGCUUGGAAAGGAGAGCCUUUAUGAAUUUGGAAAACUUGAAGGAGUUGGACCUUAAAGGCAACAGAAUUUCUCAGAUUUCAUAUGAAACCUUCCAGAACCUACCAGAAUUAGAAUACCUGGAUAUUUCCUACAAUAAAAUGACCAAGUUCGACUUCACUAUGUUCGACCAAGUUGGUACUCUUGCAAUGUUCCACGUCAAUAUGAGUCAUAACAACUUGAAAAAUUUGCAUUUUGGUAGUACGGAAGCCGAGUUUGGUGCCAUGGGAGCUCACACAAACGUGAAGGUUCUAGAUCUAUCGUUCAACAACAUUUCUUCCAUUAGUAGAGCAUUCUUCAAACCAGCGGAAUUAUCACUGACUCAUCUUUACAUUAGUAGCAACAAAAUACUCAAUGUCAGCAUGGAGGUGUUUGGGAACAUGCCUCAUCUUCAGCUGCUUGAUAUAUCAGACAACAUGAUCUACGAAUUAGAUUUUGAUACUUUUAGAAACACGAAGAGAUUACAGAUUCUUGAUGCCUCAAACAAUAGGAUAGCAGAUGUACCCAACGACUUGUUCAGAUUCCUCAAAGAAAUAAGGAUUGUAAACUUCUCACGAAAUAGACUAAGGGCAUUACCAGACAAUUUGUUCAGAGAAGAUGCUAUUGAACACGUGGACCUCUCUCAUAAUAUCAUUGGAAAAUUGCCUUUGAAUAGUUUUUCUGUACCAGCAGCAAGAAAUUUGUACGAGUUGGAUCUUUCUUGGAACAGCAUUUCAUCUUUGUCUCAUGGCGGCAUGUUCUCAAGAUUUCAGAGUCUCAACUGGCUGGAUCUUUCUCAUAAUCGCCUCGCUCAAAUAGAUGCUGGUACAUUUAGAGAGCUUCCAAGGUUAUCCAGUCUAGACCUUAGCAACAACGUUCAACUCACCUUGGAACCCAAUGGGUUAACAUUCCAUGGUUUGGAGGAUUCUUUAAUACAUCUUAAUCUAGACAACGUUUCACUUUCUCAAGUGCCUCUUUUACCAACACCUCAUCUCAUUUCUCUAUCUCUGGCUGAUAAUUACCUUCCGACUGUACCACCAGAGAUGGCUACCAAUUUGAGUGCUUUAUGUGAGCUCAAUCUGAACAACAAUGAUCUAACUUCUGUUCCCAUUGUUACACAUUCUUUGCCAGAGUUGAGGUAUUUGUAUAUGGCUGACAAUCCCAUCACUUCUUUGAGUAACACAAGCUUAUUAGGAGUGGCUGACAGUUUGAAGGAGCUUGACAUAAGAAAUUUGGACAUCAAUGAGUUAGAGGCAGGUGCGUUCUGCAAACUUUGCUCGCUCAAGACUUUGGCACUCAGCUUUUACCGGAAUUUGAAGAAUUACAACAUACCCAAGCUUCUGAUAAAUAAUUGUGGUCUCGAAGAGUUGGAGGUUAAUGUCGAUUUUGCCACUGAAGACAACCUGGAGAAGAUAAUGGCCGGAAAUUUCCCCACCAAGUUGAGUAACUUGACGUUUUCUGGUACAGGGCUGAAGAAGCUGGGACCAAAUGUUUUCAAGGGCAUUCGAAGUCCGGUGUUCCAUCUCUGCCUGCAAAAUACCAGUAUCACAAAUCUCGGAUCAGAUUUGUUCAAAAACUUUGGGGAAGCUGAAAAUGUGACGAUAGACGUUAGCGAAAAUCCAUCCCUCAAAGUACUCCACAAUCCUUCUACUGGUAGCAAACCGGUACUUCACAGAAAGACAUUUCUGUUAGAUCUCGAAAUAUCUGGCAGUAAUUGGAACUGCGACUGCGAACUAGGAUGGAUAGAGGUUUGGUUGCGAAAAAAACGACAGUAUCUCUGCAGUGGAUCGAGUCAUUCUUCAAUUUUUGAUGAUUGUAGACAUGCGAGUGACUACUUGAGAAAUGCACAAUGUGGUAACAGAAAUAAUCAAAGUUUGUUGGAAAUUUUAAAAACGGACAUAGAAUGUGGCUGGAGUCUCGCUUCCAGUUAUAAAUAUUCAUCUGUUCUCAUUUUGAUUGCCUUGGUUUUUAACUGGUUAACUGCUUAAGACUGUUUGUCAAUAAAAUUAGAAGAUUUUUUUAUAUGUUGACCUCAAUACGAAAAAAAUUGUUAUUUUUUUUAAAUAGGUAGGUACUUAAAUCAGUUAAUAGUAGUUUUUCACAUUUUAUUUCCUACAUUAAUAAUAGUUUCAUUAUAUUUUCUUGUAUUUUUUCGAUAUAAUAAGAUUGAAUCAUCGUUAUUAAUCAAUUUGUACCUAAUUUCCCAUAUGAGGGAAAUAUCAUUCUUCUGAAUAUUAUGAAACAGUUCAAAGUUCAGAAUUAUUUUUAAUUUGAAAAAGCACUCCAAAAAUGUUCUGAUCACACUGAAACUGCCUUGAAAAAAACUGCAUUUUACUUAAGAGCACAUAUAAUGAUCUAACCUAUUAUAUUAUUUUAUAAUAACAAUUUUAAGGUAAAUUAUUUGAAACAUAAUUACCAUUUAAGUCUUUGUUUUCCUUUGUAUAUUCCUAGUAAUGUUAUGUACAUAUUUAUACAAUAAAAUAAAUUAUAUAAUACACUUGUAAUAAUAAGAUAUGACUUAAAUUUAAGACUAUUCUAAAUAAGUAGUUACGUUUGGUCUAAUGUGAUUGGAAGAAAAUUGUUUUAAUUAUGUGUUCAUUUGAAGUUCUCAUAAGGAUAAUUUUAAGUGGAAUUUGAAUAAAUAAUGAUAUCCAUAUAGGAAUCUUUAUAUUUCUAUUAAUCGGAGGUUAUACCCAAAUAAGCUUCGCAAUGAUCC